AUGUACGCGUGUGGGUUGAUCGAGAGCUCCCAUCUACAGGUUUGGCCUUUUAUGUUGCCAGAUGCGGGUAUGCCGUGCAUCCCGGUGUUCGAGGAUAAUCAGGGAGCGAUUCAGAUUGCGCAUAACCCGAUCACGAACUCCAACUCGAAGCACAUCGAUGUACGGCAUCACUUUAUCAGGGAGCUGGUUGAGAGGAAAGAGAUUUCGAUUACUCAUGUGCCGACGCAAUUUCAGCAUGCAGAUUUCUUGACGAAGGCUAUUUGCAAGGAGCCUUGUGCGUUGCACCGUGACUUUGUGAUGAACUUGCAGUGA